AUGGCUACGUAUCAAGAUAAUCUUGCCCAAAAUUUUGGCAACAUGGGCUUGGGGCCCAACAACGGCCAAUAUCCCCCUCCCCAGCAAGGCUCCGGAUAUCAGGGGCAUCAGCAACAGUCGUCCUCCUCACCAUAUAAUUCCCCGCCUCCGCAGGAUCAGUACAGUUCGCCCCCGCCGGCACCGCCAUACCAGCCUCCGCAGGACAAGCCCCCGAUCCCGCGCGAAUGGCGGCCUUUUUACGAUCACCAGCACCAACGCUGGUACUAUGCCAAUGAGACCACGAGCGAGACACAGUGGGAGGCUCCCGGAUACUACGCGCCGUCUCACCCAGGCGGUGAUUCUCGCGGCUACGAUGCAACGCCCCAGCAGCAGUACCAGUACAACGCACCGUCUGGACCGCCUCCUGGUAAGACUAAGAGCAGCGGAGGUGGCAUGGGCAUGGGCGGUGGCCUGGCGUUGGGCGCUGUCGCCGGCUUAGCUGCCGGUGCCGGUGGCUCCUAUCUCUUCGGUAAGGCCGAAGAUGCCGUCGAAGACAGAGUCGAUCGGUUCGAGGACCGGGUGGACAGGGUUGAGCAUCGGGUCGAGGAUAGAGUGGACUAUGUCAAAGAUGAUUUUGAGGACAGACGUGACCAGGCCGAAGAUCGCUGGGAGGCACCCGUGGUCGUUCCCGCGGCCCUGCCUGCUCAUGAUAUUGAUGGCGACUCAGUGUCGUCCAGCGAUCGGGAGGAGGUCGAGGAGGCGAGAGAGCGCUACGAAGAGGCUCUUCGCGAUGCGGACUCGUCGUCAGCGAGUAGUAGUGACCUAGAGGAGCUGGAAGAGGCUCGCGAGGAGUACGAGGAGGCGUACGAAGAGACAUAUGGUGGCGAUGACGACUAUGACGAUGACGACUAG